AUUGAACGUGGCUACUUUGGGAUGAAAUCGGCCUUACCCAGCAGUGAGGGCAACACAGAAGAUGACGGCAUCGUCUGAUUGCGAGUUCGGCCAGCCACAGCAGGCACAGCAUUGUGUGGUGGAUGGAUGAGAGGAGUCGGUUAUCGACCAUUGGCUAUGGUGCUGCAGGAGUGACGAUGAACAGCAGCGCCGUCCCAGAUGGACACUCGGAGGCACCGCCUGCAGAGAGAGCAGAGGUGCGCCUCAGCCUGAACAAUGUCCUAUACAACAGAGAGAUGUGUGUCUGUCCGUCUGUGUGUCUGUUUGUCUGUCAUUCACUUCGGCUGUGCUGUGUGUGUGUACCGGUGGUGCAGGUGGUGUUGAUCAUCACGUCUUUGGGCAGCAUUCGGCGUCAGUGUUGGCGCAGCCGGAAGGCGCAGCACCUUCUGGACUGCAAACAGGCCGACUACACACUCAUCGACGUCAACAGAGAUGGCACGCAGUCAGACGGUAACCAGACAAACAAACAUGCACAUGCACAGCCAUCCAUCCGUGUGAUGUGUCCGCUUUUCAUGGCCUCGCUCUCUCUCUCUCUCUCUUUGUCUUUGGUGCAGCAUCAUGGCCCUACAAGGACAGUGCGUAUGUGCGUCAGUGGAGGAGAGAGGGCCUGCUGAUGGAGGACACACACUCGAUCGCACCCUCAGACAGCCCACCACAGGACGACAGCCCCGCCACUGCAGCAGCAGCGUCUGCCGCCAACGGUGCCGCAGACGCCAUCACCAUACCAACAACCAGCGCGGAACAAAGUGAGCCAAUAUCGAUGGCCGAUGGAUGGAUGGCGAAAGAAACGUGAUUGGGCUGUCAAUCCCUCUGUGUGAUGUGAUGUGUGUAGUUUUGAUUCCGCAGGUCUUGUUGGACGGCGUGAGCAUCGGCGACGACCGAGUGCUGCAAGACCUAGAAGACGACGGAUACCUCGGUAGGUCGAGGUGUUGGCAGGCAGGCAGGCAGGCAGGCAGGCAGGCACACGCAACAACAUACACACACACGCCCUCUGGUGCCUGCCGCUCCUGUGUGUGUCAUGUCCAUGUCCAAUAGACAAGAUCCUGGACCGUCUGAUGUGUCCGUCCCCCUCCUGUCGGGCCGAUCGGUUCCCCGACGAGCCCUCCUGCCCAUCAUGCCGCACACCCUUCCGGCAGCUCAUCUCUCACGACGACAUCGACCGCUGCCGUGUGCAGCAGGUCCUGGGCUGGUCCGACAAGACGCACGGCAGCUCUCUGGCCAUGUUGCUUGAGGCAGCUCUGGGUGAGAGCCCGAGGAACAGCCCCACGGCUAGGCGCAGCGGGGCGGGCGGUGGGGAGGGGGGGUGAUGGUCACGACAGACACAGUAGCGGAGAGAGGGGCGAUAUUUGGUGGCUGUUGGUUAGGUAGCUCUUUUGCGUGUCAGUCAAGUCGGCCGCUUUUGGUUGCUGUACAGAUCUUACGCAUGUAUGUGUGUGUGCGCGUGCGUGGCGUGCGUGUCUGACUUGUG